CACAUCCUGCGCCACCAACAGCAGCCCACCCUUCACCAGGAAUGAAAGCCGCAGCCAGAUCUAUAGGGGGAACUACACCUUCUCCUCCUACUAUCAGCACUCGUCUCCAGUGGCCGCCAUGUUUAUUGUUGCCUACGUCUGUAUCUUCUUCGUGUGCAUGGUCGGCAACAUGCUGGUGUGCUUCAUAGUGCUGAAGAACCGGCAAAUGAGAACAGUCACCAACAUAUUCAUCCUCAACCUGGCUAUCAGUGAUGUCUUGGUGGGGAUCUUCUGCAUGCCGACCACCCUGGUGGACAACCUGAUUACAGGUUGGCCAUUUGACAUCAUCAUGUGUAAAAUGAGUGGCUUGGUGCAAGGGAUGUCUGUCUCCGCUUCCGUGUUCACCCUGGUCGCCAUUGCAGUGGAAAGGUUCCGCUGUAUUGUGUACCCAUUCAGGCAGAAGCUAACCCUAAGGAAAGCUCUGGUCACCAUCAUUAUAAUAUGGGUCUUAGCCUUAAUCAUCAUGUGCCCCUCUGCAGUCACCUUGACCGUCACCCGGGAUGAGUACCACUUCAUGCUAGAUGCCUACAACAAUUCCUACCCGCUCUACUCCUGCUGGGAGGCAUGGCCGGACAAGGAGAUGCGCAAGAUCUACACAACCGUUCUUUUCUCUCACAUUUACCUGGCCCCUCUCACCUCGAUUGUGAUUAUGUACGCUCGGAUUGCCUUCAAACUCUUCAAGUCAUCCGCAAGCAUUAGAGUCUCUCAGUUGGAGGAGAACGAGGGAAGGAGAGUGUCCAAGAGGAAAAUCAGAGUUAUCAACAUGUUGAUCAUUGUGGCGUUGUUCUUCACCCUCUCUUGGCUGCCCCUCUGGACUUUAAUGCUGCUGACAGACUACGGGAACCUCACCGAGAAUCAACUCAACCUCGUCACGGUUUAUUUUUUCCCCUUUGCCCAUUGGCUGGCUUUCUUUAACAGUAGCAUCAACCCAAUCAUCUAUGGGUACUUCAAUGAGAACUUCCGGAGAGGAUUCCAGGAGGCCUUCCAAGUCCAGCUCUGCUCCAUGGAAACAGAACACAAAAACACCUAUUCUGACAGGACCAACAGUGGGUUCCUUUUUGGGGUACGCAAUCGGAUUUUUGUCGAAGUUCAAGGCAGUGACUCAGCACAGCCCUCUGAGUCUGGUCAGAGUAGUCUUUUGAGAACAGGGCUGUAUCCUGCAAGGAAUGGAAGGGUAGCUCACCAUGGUCUGAUGGUGGAGGACUUUGACAGCAAAAGUUGCUCCCCCAAAACUGUCAGUAUCCCAGCUUGGGAUAUCUAAGGAUAUUUGAGGUGCUGAUGGAUUGAUUAUACAAUACAUCACUACAUUACUUUCACAGCAUGUGAACCAAAUCCAUUUCCAGUAAGCUUUUCAAGACCAAAACCCAUUGUCGGUGUUGAUAUCUAAGUGAAAGGACUUGACAUUUGUGGAACUUCCUCUUCUUAUCCUGGUUUUUGAUACUUCGGUAUGACACGCACCAGUUUUUAUGAAGCGCUGCAAUUUAUAAAUGCUUAUUCCUCCCCUUAGAACCUUGUAUAUAUUCCAAAUGAGGUGUUGGGAUUCAGGCCUGUAUUUAAAGAGGAACCAGACAGAACAAUUAUUCUGAACUAGAUUUCUAAAUAGAAGCGCAGUUGGCUGUGACUGGUCAGCAACCUCAUCUGUUGGAGACUGCUUAUUGUGCUACCUCAAUAAUAAAAGCAAGGUAAGAGUGAGAAGUGAGAGGAAGAAAAGCCUCUAUUCAGGAAACAGGAAGAUACAUUAUUUAGAGCACACACACACAUGCAGACCGUUCACUUACUCUACAUCAGCCCCAUAACUGAUCCAUUAACUUUUGUGAGACUGCCCUAGAAUGAUUAAAAUGUUACUGUUGUGUCACGGUUGCUGC